GCGCAUGCUCAGUAAGAGUUGAGAUUGUUUACACUUUUCUCAGCCAGACUGGGUCAUCUAACCACACUUCAAAACACUGGCUGAAGUUAACUCUUGCAGUAAAUAAUGUCGGUGAGACAGGCCAUUCACCGUGGUCUGGAGCUGGGACGGUCAGUCUUCCAGCUAGGUCUCCUCAAGUCCGGGGGCCGAGUCGCAGCAAAGCUCCGAGCUGACCGUUUCCGUGUAGGCCCGUCGGUCCGCACCGUUCAGCCUCAGGCUUUCCUGCCGUCUCGAUACCGGUAUUACCGCACCUCUCUGCGGGGCCUGGCUGCUCAGCUUCAGGCCGCUGGGGUCCGGAGGUGGUAUGGCGGUGGGUCUCCGCGAAAUAGGGCCGUGUUGUUGGCGUUUGGUCUUGGAAUUGGACUCAUUGAACAACAGCUGGAGGAUGACAGGAAGAGUGCAGCGACAUGCCAGGAGAUCCAGGAUGUAUUCAGGAAGAAAAAAUUCACAACUCCUCUUAAGCCAUUCACUUCUGGAUACAAUUUGGACGAUUACCUUAUUGGGAACCAGAUUGGGAAAGGCUCCAAUGCAGCGGUGUAUGAAGCUGCGGCAAGGUUUGCCCCUCCGAAACAGAAUAACACGAAUUGCUCUAUAGUGCAGUUGGAAGAAGAUACAGAAGAGGGGAACAGUACUCGUUCUCUGACCUGCUGCUCCCUGAGAAAUUUCCCUCUGGCUAUCAAGAUGAUGUGGAACUUUGGGGCAGGGUCAUCCAAUGAGGAUAUAUUGAAAUCAAUGUCACACGAGCUGGUGCCUGCAGGGCCCCUGGCCUUAAAGCAGGAAAAUGAGCAAAUUACUCUAGAUGGACAUUUUGGAGUCCUGCCCAAAAGAGUGUCAGCACACCCUAAUGUGAUAAGAGUGUACCGGGCUUUCACAGCAGAUGUCCCAUUACUACCAGGUGCUCAGGAAGAAUAUCCUGAUGUGUUGCCAGCAAGGCUUAACCCAGAUGGUCUGGGAAACAAUCGCACUCUUUUUUUGGUCAUGAAGAAUUAUCCCUGCACACUGCGACAGUACCUGGAAGUGUCCACACCCACCCGCCGACACGCAUCUCUGAUGAUGCUGCAGCUCCUUGAGGGGGUCGACCAUCUGUGCAGACAGGGUAUUGCUCACAGAGAUCUCAAAUCGGACAAUGUGCUGGUGGAGUUUGACUCGGAUGGUUGCCCUCGAUUGGUGAUUACUGACUUUGGCUGCUGCCUGGCACAGAGAGAUUCGAGUCUGGAGCUGCCUUUCAACAGCAUCUGGGUAAACAGAGGAGGAAAUGCCUCUCUCAUGGCACCAGAGGUGGCCACUGCCAUCCCAGGGUGCGGUAUGGUGAUUGACUAUUGCAAGGCAGAUGCUUGGGCUGUGGGCACCAUCUCAUUUGAGAUAUUUGGCCAGAAUAACCCGUUCUACCGACCAGUUGGACUCGAGAGCAGGAAUUACCAGGAGAAACAGCUUCCUCCUCUGCCUUCUAGUGUUCCAGCUGAUGUGCAGUUAGUGAUCCGAUUUCUCCUAAGAAGGAACCCAAACAAGCGACCCAGUGCUCGUGUCGCUGCUAACAUGCUACAUCUCAGCCUAUGGGGAAGGAGGGCCCUUGCCAAUCAGGAUAGCGCUGGUAUGAAAAAGCUGGCUGAUUGGCUGUUGUGUCAGUCUGCUGUGGUCCUUCUCAAGGGCUGUAGUGGACCCAAAGGGAACACCGUGGAGGCGGAACUUCAGAGGAGCUUCUUGUCCAACCUGGACCUGGAGGACCUUCGCACAGCUGUUGGUUUCCUUCUCUACGGACGAGCUCAUCAUCAGGCCUGCAUACUGUCUGCAUAGAUUUACUGUCACUCACACAACUAAAAUCUGCUUUAAAACUGCUUUCAUAUUCAGACAACUAUGUAUGAUUUCUUCAUUACUACUGAUUAUGUAGAAGCACAUACGGCUUACAGGGAAACUCCACUGACACUUCAGUUGUAGAUAAUCUGCAAUUUAAAGCAAUAAUUAAGACUUAUAAUGUGUUGUAAUUCAUAUCUAUUGGGAUGCCUAGUCAUACUAUUAUGUUCAUUUCCCAGAAUGUCCUUGCAAAUGGGUGUGGCUGUAAAGUCAAGACAGACACUUAAA